AGACAAACACAACAGCAGUUCGCGACGUCCCUGUCAACUCCAGGAGUAACCGGGAUCUGCAAACAGGAGCCGGGAGGAGCGACAUAGAGCUUUAACACAUUCAGCAGUUAUUACUGAAUAAUUCCUUCGUUUGCUCUUGUUUCUCCGCCGAAAGGCGACAAGUGGCACUUUGGGACACAGAGCGGAAAGGAUUUGUGGAGUGUAGCCUAUUAAAGCGACUGAGGCUUUCCGUUUCCCAAGUUGUUCUCUGCUCACCUUAACAUGGCUUCAACGACCUGCACCAGGUUUACCGAUGAGUACCAGCUGUACGAGGAGCUUGGAAAGGGUGCUUUCUCUGUGGUGAGACGGUGCAUGAAGAUUUCCACAGGGCAGGAAUACGCUGCCAAAAUAAUCAAUACCAAGAAGUUGUCUGCCAGGGAUCACCAGAAGUUGGAGCGAGAGGCCCGGAUCUGCCGCCUGCUCAAGCACGCCAACAUUGUGCGGCUCCAUGACAGCAUAUCGGAGGAAGGCUUCCACUAUCUGGUCUUUGACUUAGUUACCGGCGGUGAGUUGUUUGAGGACAUUGUUGCCAGAGAGUACUACAGCGAAGCCGAUGCCAGUCAUUGCAUUCAGCAGAUCCUAGAGGCUGUGCUUCACUGCCACCAGAUGGGCGUGGUCCACCGCGACCUCAAGCCAGAGAAUUUACUCUUAGCCAGCAAGUUGAAGGGGGCAGCAGUUAAACUGGCAGAUUUUGGCCUGGCUAUUGAAGUGCAGGGAGAACAGCAGGCAUGGUUCGGUUUUGCCGGUACACCAGGGUACCUGUCUCCAGAGGUGCUGAGGAAAGAUCCAUACGGCAAGCCAGUGGACAUGUGGGCCUGUGGUGUGAUCCUUUACAUCCUCCUGGUGGGAUAUCCUCCAUUCUGGGAUGAGGACCAGCACAGACUCUACCAGCAGAUUAAAGCUGGGGCUUAUGAUUUCCCUUCUCCUGAGUGGGACACAGUGACUCCAGAGGCCAAAGACCUGAUCAACAAGAUGCUGACCAUUAAUCCAGCCAAGAGAGUGACGGCCACAGAUGCACUCAAACACCCCUGGAUCUGCCAACGCUCCACCGUGGCAUCCAUGAUGCACAGACAGGAGACUGUGGAGUGCCUGAAAAAAUUCAACGCUAGAAGGAAACUCAAGGGUGCUAUCCUGACUACUAUGCUGGCCACUCGCAACUUCUCAGCAGCCAAGAGCCUGCUGAACAAAAAAACAGAUGGCGUCAAAAUCAACAACAAGGCCAAUGUGGUCACCAGCCCCAAAGAGCCUGCCCCCACUCCUUCUCUGGAGCCUCAAACCACUGUUAUCCACAACCCAGCUGAUGGAAACAAGGAGUCCAGUGAGAGUGCCAACACUACCAUCGAGGACGAGGACGUGAGAGCUCGUAAGCAGGAGAUUAUUAAAGUCACUGAACAGCUGAUUGAGGCCAUCAACAACGGUGACCUUGAAGCCUACACGAAGAUAUGUGAUCCUGGCCUCACGUCCUUUGAGCCCGAGGCCUUGGGCAACUUGGUGGAGGGCACCGACUUCCACCGCUUCUACUUUGAAAAUGCUCUGUCCAAGGCGAAGCAGCCCGUCCACACCAUCCUGCUCAACCCCCACGUUCACCUGAUCGGGGACGAGGCCGCCUGCAUCGCCUACAUCCGCCUCACCCAGUACAUCGACGGCAACGGCAUGCCUCGCACCAUGCAGUCCGAGGAGACCCGCAUCUGGCACCGCCGCGACAGCAAGUGGCAGAACAUCCACUUCCACCGCUCUGGCUCGCCCACCGUGCCCACCAAUUGAGAGGACCAUCUUUCACUACAAACACCCUCCAGCCUACAACAGUCAGCUAAACAGACCCAGCCUGCCAAGUCAAUCAGAUCCCUCAGCCAAUCCCUGCCCACGAUAGCUAGAGCUCUGCCCUCUCAGUGUGUUGUUUACAUAUAGUCGCCGCUGGACUGAAGAUUACAUGUUAAAAAGAAGAAAACAAAACAAGGGUGGAAACUUCAAGUCUUGACAAUAUAAUUUCGUAGUGAGAGUGUGUGAUGUGGUGGUCAUUCUUUUUUUUUUUUUUUUUUUUUUUUUUUUUUUUUAGAUCAGUAGGUUAGAUAGAAGCGGUUUUCAGAGGAGCCCGUCGUUCCAGUUGAUUCACUUUUAAUGGGCUGGUAAAAUAUGUGAAACUUCCAGUCAUCAUGUAGUGACCGUUUUUUUCAUUUGAAUAUUGCACAUAUUGAGGACUCAUGAGCUGUUGUGAUGCUUUCGCCUUUUGGCACGAUGACCAAUAUAUCACAUAUCUGCUUUUUACUCGUGUAUCUUUUCAGAAUUGCCAUCUAUUAAAAAAAGGUCAGGCACAAGCUUGCGUUAGUUUUGGUGAUGUAUAAGUUUUUGGUAAUUGAUGUAAAGCGCUCUUUGCUUAAUCUUUAGCAGUAUCCAUAUGAACUGAGUUUGCUAAUUUUACAAAUCUGUUUUCUGGUUUGCCACUGGCACCAAUUAUAGUUACUGGGAAUUUUUAACUACAUGUUUAAAAGGGAAAAUCAAUUGAAACAAACGUGUCUGCUUAGACCUCCAUCAUUACAAGGCAGCAUGUGAGAAGAGUCUCUUAUGAUAGAAUGUAUAGACUAUAGACAUGCAUACAUAUAAUUCUUAAUAGCCAUUCUGUGACUCAUUCAGGUCAAAUCAUAUUUUCAUACAGUAAGGAAAUAAUGAUGUGGAUUUUAUCAGCUAUUUCGUUGUUUACUUUUGAUAUUGUGAUGUUAAUUCCUGUCUCUCCACAUUUCAUUAUUAAUGCUUUCCUUUAAGCUAUUUCAACAUUGGUUUAGUCCAAACUUUAUUCUAUGUUUGACUGGUGUAUGCCAAUGUUUUACAGCACCAUGUUUACACUGGAUAAGACUAAAGUAGAAUCAUGCUGUUGAGACUGACAGGAAAUCCAAAUUCAGCUGAAACCUGUGAAAGUAAGUUAGCCAUUUAUUUCUGUCAUGAGUGAAUCGGAUUAUUAAACAGAAUUACGAGGUAGUAAAUCACCAUUCUAAUUCUUGUUAUGUUUCUCUAUUGUGUUAUUUUAGUGUCACUGUUAAAUAAAAGGGAAAGGGGGUUGUUGGCAUAAACUUGCAGAUUCAUAUCUUAAGGUUCAUAAUUGAAAACAAUUUAGGAUAAUAGGGGGGAAAAAACAAUUAUAAAAAUGUAAUUCCAGAAUAAAAGCACAGGUAGAAGUUUGAAGAUAAAGUCACACUGAUGAUUAUGUUUGUGUUAAGGGUGUUGAGAUUGUUUGCUUGGAACUGUUUGCAUUCUUUUGUUUGAUCACAGUUGUCCCUCAUACACCACACUUUUUAUCUUUCUAAGAUGCAUUGAAAUUCCUGAUGGGGACACUGGUAUAUAAUGUUUACCAUGACGGGACAUAUGAUGUAUGUUUUAGUAAUAUCAAAUAAAAUGUGUGAUUUAUGCCAAA